UAUACUGAAUCCCUAGACAAGUAACGCCUCUUUCGUAAGAGCCAAAUACUACUCCAAUUGAUUUCUCCAUCCCGGUAGUUCGUAUUUUCCUCCCAAAAUAUUUUCGUCUAAGCCGCUGAAGCUCAUCAACUCAUCUCAGCCUUGUACAAAAACUCACGUCUGAGUUUUAAGAAGAGCUUACCGGAAGACGUUAUCAAGGUGUCACAUUUAUUUGCGUAUUUCCAGUUCAGCUCCUUAUAGAUACUAAGGGUAAGGCCAAGGCCUAGGAAGAUGAUGAGGGAGUGGAACACGUGCCAAGAUGAGUUAACGGGAAUGACCUUGGCAGCUUCUAGCUAGUUAUUAUUUUAUUUCGGUAUUUCAGUUGUUAGAAUAAAGAGAUUAUUAUUAAUUAAUUUAUUUGAGGAUAUGAGGUUUGAAUAAAUUUCUGGAUCCAGGUGGUUAUCACAUUUGCUGGUGAUAACUAGAUUUUAUUGAGUUUUAUUUGGAGUUAUAUUUUAGUUAUAUUUGAGAUUUAUCAGGGUUAUUUCUUAAGCAAACGGCCGUUAUAUUGUAGUUUUUUUAAGUAGUAAGUUUAUGUAGCGUUUCCUUUAACCCUGAGAGGGGCGUUACAAAUUUGGUAUCAGAGCCCAGGUUGUCCCGUAACUUCAUUUGUCGCCGUACACGUGCUCAUCAUCUUCCAAGUAAGUAUUUAAAGUUUGUUUUAAAUUUCUGUGCAUGAGCAAGAAGGGUUUAUUAGAUACAGAACAGAAGUGAGAAUUUCUUGCCUUUUUGUAUUAUGUAUGGCACAUAAACAAAAGUUUAUAUUUGGGUGCCUUAAGAAAAUGAAGAGAACCCGUGGUCGUCCAGUUGGUAGCAACAAUGCGCGUGGAGACAAUAAUGAGCAAGGAAACAAUCACGAGCAGGAUUUGGCAGGUUUAGUAGCACAACUUCAGAGGCAGUUGCAGGAGCAGCAACAGACCAUCGACCGUUUGACCGCGAAGAAUCAAAGGGGCGAUGGUGAAGGGGAAAAUGCUGGGAAUAAUCAAGCUAGGGGGGACGGAGCACUGAGACAAGAAACUUUGAUGAUCACAUGGAGGAAGAUCAAGCCCGUGGAUUUUGAGGGGGGUCCAGACCCUCUAGUUGCUCAGGGAUGGCUGAAGACCAUUGAAGACAUUGCUAAUGGUUUGGAGUUGUCAGACAAUGACAAGGUUCGAUGCGCAUCUUACAGCCUCACCAUGGAUGCUCGAAUAUGGUGGGAGACUGUGGAAACAAGGUACCACAUCGCGCAGAUGACAUGGGAGCAGUUCAAAGAGGAGUUCACCAACUAGUGUUUCAAUGUUAGUGUCACAUGUAGGUACCGGGAUAAGCUUCAGAGUCUACGUUAGGGAACCAUGGAUGUUGCAACCUUGGCGACAAAAUUUCAGAGGCUACUACGUAUUUGCCCUACAGCUGCCCCGACAGAGAGAGAUAAGGUGAGGAUGUUCAUGGCAGCUAUUAGGAAGGACAUAACAGUUCACUUGGAGAACGGUGAUCAGGCCCCAGCUACACUAGUCGACUGUGUCCUUAUAGCAACUCAAAAGGAGUACUGCAUCUCCAACGAUCCAGUGCCCGCUCAGCCGCAGUCUGUGCCUUCACAGUCACAGAAUCAGUCACAGCGACACACGAACAAUUCGAAGAGUAACAAGAAGAGAAACUUUAUGGGAAAUCAUGGCAAGGGAGAUGGUCACCAUAAGGGACACCAGAAUAAACAGAUGAAGUUCCCGCCGUGUGCUAAAUGUGGCCGUAACCAUCCAGGCCAAUGCAUAUGGGGUGCCAGAGGUUGCUACUCUCGCGGCCUUGAGGGCCACAUAUCCAGAGAAUGUCCAAGAAAGAAUCAACAAGGCUAUCAGUUUGUCCAGACAUCAGCGGUUGUCCAUAAUAUGCAGGCUUAUCUAGAAGGACCAUCCAUCCAGCAAGGACGUCUUGAGGCACCACCAGAGGCCCUGGUUGCUAGAGUGUUCACAAUCUCGAAAGAAGAGGCAUCGAUAAAUCCCGGUGUUGUCACAGGUCAAAUACUUGUUCUUAAUAGAUAUGCUAAUGUGCUAUUUGACACUGGAGCCACACGUUCCUUUGUAUCUCUUGAGUUUGCUAGAUCCUUAGCAACACAUCAAGAUAAGUUAGAUUAUAAAUUCACCACAUCACUUCCGUCGGGAGAGGUCAUGUUGUUGACUCAUUGGUUAUGAGCAGUGCCAAUGAGUAUUGCAGGGAGAGAGUUAUUUGUGGAUCUGAUCGUGCUCGACAUGAGGGAUUAUGAUGUGAUUCUCGGCAUGGAUUUCCUGCAGAAGUAUAGUGCUUCAAUUAUAUGUCGAAAAAGAAUUGUUAGUUUUGCGCCUACAGAGUCUGAUCCAUUCCUCUUCCUUGGGGAGCCAAAAGAAUCAGAGAGGGUAAUGAUUUCUGCAUUGCAAGCAAGGAAACUUAUUCGGAGUGGAUGUGAAGCUUUCUUAGCUCAUAUAGUAGACAAGAGCACUGGAGAACAAAUUCAGUUAUCUGAAAUUCCAAUUGUGGAGGAUUACAGUGACGUAUUCCCCGAAGACCUUCCGGUUUACCUAGGGCUGGUAUUUUAGACCGAAAAACAAAAAACCGAACCGAAAAAAACCGAGCCGCUUUGAAAAAAAACGAACCGACCCGACCCGAUUGAAAAUGGGACUCGAAAAUUGGGACCCGGUAAAAAAACGGUUCGGACUCGGUUUAUAUUCUUAAAAAGUCGGUUCAAACCGAACCAAACCGACAUUUUUAGUAGAGUUAAUGAGAAUUAGAAACGUUAUAUUAAUAUUCCGAUGUCUAAAGUGACAAACCAUCCGUUCUGUCAAAUUGGUCGCUGAUGCGGUAUCAUACCCUAGAGGUUUAGGGAUCGACUCCCUUAAGGGAAUUUUUUUUGUUUGGACCUUGAAUUUUCUUUCCAAUGUCUCUUUGUCCCACACCGGACAAAAGAUGGUUUACACUUCCAAAAUUCUUUAUAUAAAGACAUUUCAAGUUGGUUGAAGCUAAUUGAUAAGCUCCCAACCGAUGGGCUUGUGUGAUCAAAUUAAUAUAAAAAUCAUAAACUUGUUUUGGGCUUUAUUGUUUAAACUAGUACAAUAUUUAUAUUAUUUUUAAAUAUUUCGGUUUUAAUCGAUUUCUGAUAAACCGACCCGAAAAAUUGGGUCCCGACUAAUCGGUACCUGGCUGGUUCAUGAUCGGUUUCGGUUUUGAUAUUUAGUAAAACCGAAAUGUCGGUUCGGUUUUCGGUUUGUACAGAUUGGUUCAGGACCCAAACCGAAACCAGCCCUAAGUUUACCGCCGAGUAGAGAGAUUGAGUUUGAAAUUGAACUGCUGCCAGGUACUGCACCGAUAUCUAGAGCACUAUAUCGAAUGGUCCCAAUGGAGUUACAAGAACUCCACAAGCAGUUGCAGGAGUUGCUAGAAAAGGGUUUCAUUCGGCCCAGUUACUCACCGUGGGGAGCUCCAGUAUUGUUCGUGAAAAAGAAGGAUGGCACAAUGAGGUUGUGCAUAGAUUAUAGAGAGCUCAAUAAAAUGGUUAUCAAAUAGGUAUCCCCUGCCUAGAAUUGAUGACCUGUUUGACCAGUUGAAGGGAGCGGUGAUUUUCUCCAAGAUUGACCUUCGUUCAGGGUAUCAUCAGUUAAGAAUCAAAGAAGGAGACAUCCCAAAAACAGCUUCCAGGUCGCGGUAUGGACACUAUGAAUUUGUGGUUAUGCCUUUCGGCCUAACUAAUGCUCCAGCGGCGUUCAUGGAUUUGAUGAAUAGAGUGUUCAGGGAGUUUCUUGACAAGUUUGUCACUAUUUUCAUUGAUGAUAUUUUGAUCUACUUAAGGUCCAAGGAAGAGCAUGAAAAACACUUGAUAGAAGUACCGGAGACACUGAGAAAACAUAAGCUAUAUGCUAAGUUUUCAAAGUGUGAGUUCUGGCUUGAUAAUGUAACAUUCCUUGGCCACAUAGUUUCAAAGCAGGGAGUUUCGAUGGAUCCCUCAAAAGUAGCAGCUGUCCGAGAUUGGAGCAGGUCGAAGAAUGCGAAAGAAGUUCGAAGUUUCUUAGGCCUUGCAGGGUAUUAUAGGAAGUAUGUGGAAGGUUUCUCUGCUAUAGCUCUUCCAUUGACUACCUUGACCCGUAAGGGUAAGAAAUUUGAGUGGACUGAUCGUUGUGAGAAGAGUUUCCAAGAGCUGAAAGAUAGGUUGACAUUUGCACCCAUUUUAGCACUCCCAGAAGGCAAGGAAGGGUUUGUAAUCUACACAGAUGCAUCGAAGAUGGGACUUGGAGCAGUUCUUAUGCAGAAUGAACGAGUAAUUGCUUUCGCGUCUCGGCAACUCAAGGACUAUGAAGCAAAUUAUCCUACCCAUGACUUGGAGUUGGCAACGGUGAUACAUGCGUUGAAGAUUUGGAGACAUUACUUGUAUGGAGUCCAGUGCAAGAUCUUCACUGAUCAUAAAAGUCUGAUAUACAUAUUCACACAGAAGGACCUCAAUAUGAGGCAAAGAAGGUGGCUUGAAGUAAUGAAAGACUACGAUUGUGAGAUCCUUUAUCAUUCGGGGGAAGCCAACAAGGUAGCAGAUGCACUUAGUAGGAAGUCUUCUGCAACAUUAAUGUUCAUGAUGGUAAUGGAUCCAAGGUUGAGGAAGGAAAUUGAAGAUUUUGAGUUGGAGAUUGUAGGUGGGCGACUAACAGCUAUGACAGUGACUCCAUCAAUAUUUGAGGACAUGGCUAUGAAGCAAGAACUUGAUCCCGAGUUAGUUAAGUUGAAGGAGUGCGUCAAGGAGGGAAAAUGUCCAGAAUUCCGUGUGGAUGAGACUGGGAGAUUAUUACUCCAAAAUAGGUUGUGCAUCCCGGACAUUGAGGGGUUGAGGAAACAGAUUAUGAAGGAGGCUCAUGAGACACACCAUUCACUAUGCAUCCUGGUUCGACCAAGAUGUACCACGACCUGAAGAAAAACUUUUGGUGGUCAGGGAUGAAGAAAGAUGUUGCAAAGUUCGUUCAGUCAUGUUUGACGUGUCAACAAGUUAAGAUUGAUCAUCAAAGACCAGGUGGAGAACUUCAGCCUAUCAAGAUUCUGGAGUGGAAAUGGGAUGUGAUAUCAAUGGACUUUAUUAUGGGUUUGCCGAAGACAACUGGAGGUUAUGACGCUAUAUGGGUUAUAGUGGACAAAUUGACUAAGUCGGCUCAUUUUAUCCCAAUUUUAGCAAGUAUUUCUUUGGAGAAGUUGGCAAAAAUAUAUAUACAUGAGAUUGUUAGAUUGCAUGGUGUUCCGAAGAGUAUUAUUUCUGACAGAGAUUCCAGAUUUACGUCUCACUUUUGGAAGUGUCUACAACAAUCAUUGGACAAGAAGUUGAAGUUUAGUACCGCUUUUCAUCCUUAGACAUAUGGCCAGACAGAGAGGACAAAUCAAAUUUUAGAGGAUAUGUUACGCGCAUGCGCUCUAGAUUUUCAAGGAGGAUGUGCAAAAUACCUUAGUCUGACAGAGUUUGCUUAUAAUAAUAGUUAUCAAGAAACUAUCGACAUGGCUCCAUAUGAGGCGUUGUAUGGGAGAAUGUGUAGAUCUCCCAUAUCAUGGUAUGAAACAUGAGAGAAGAAGGUUCUAGAAGAGGAAUUACAAGGAAGGACUGAGUUGAUAGAUGAGACUUCAGAAGCUAUUAAGACUAUCUGACAAAGGAUAGAGUCUGCCCAGUGCAGACAAAAAAGUUAUGCAGAUGUUCGAAGGAGACCUCUAGAAUUCGAAGUGGGGGACUUUGUAUUCGUUAAGAUAGCUCCGAUGAAGGGUGUGAUGCGGUUUGGAAAGAGAGGAAAGCUUAGCCCCAGAUUCACCGGACCAUAUGAGAUCACUAGACGAGUUGGGAAGGUAGCUUAUGAGUUCACGCUACCUGAAGAGUUUCUGGUAUUCAUAAUGUCUUCCAUGUUUCGAUGUUGAGAAAAUACUUUGCUGACCCGGAGCAUGUUUUGAUACCCCCAACAGUAGAAAUGCAAAAAGAUUUGUCAUACGAGGAGAAGCCGGUACAAAUUCUUGACCGUGAGGUUAGACGUCUCCGAAAUAAGGAGAUAGCUCUAGUCAAAGUGUUGUGCCAAAAUAAAAAAGUUGAAGAAGCUAGCUGGGAGGUUGAGGAUGGAUGACAUAAGACGUCGUUAUCCCGAGUUGUUCUAAGUUUCGAGGACGAAACUUUUAUAAGACUUUUAUAAGGUGGGAGGGGUUGUAACACCCUGAUUUUUAUGAGCCAGUUAUAUUAAUCAAUAUUAUUAAUUUUAGUAUGUUAAAUAAGUUUCAAUUCUUCAUGGUGACUGCAGCGUUGUAUCAAUUCUUCCAUAGUAUUCUUGCGACGGGGAUCCACGAAUAGUCAGUCUCUCGCUACGACUAACAACCGCCGACCGCCGUUGGCCUGCGGCUUGCUGGAUCCUCGCAUAGCCAUCUUUUUUUCUUCUUUUUUUAGGAACACUUUCCAAUUUAUCCUCGCAUCUUCGUCCAUUCAUGCAGAUCGAAGCCCUCGAUCAAUUGCCGCUGAUGAAUCUAGCUGCGCCCUCUCGCCAUCGUUUGCUUUUAUCUCAUUAGGGUUUUAUAAUAAUAAUAUGAUUGGAAAAGUGGACCUAGGGUAAUUAUCUAAAAAAUAUACUGAAACCGGAUGAGAUGAAAUCAAUUCAGACUGCCGUAUUUCAAUUUCCUCACUGUCCAGAUUUCACACGAUAUCUCCAAAAGUCCAACGCAGCUUCCAUCGCUCCUCCGGUAGAAGCCGUGGAAUCAUAAAGCAUGGAAGCGACGGCUUCUCUUCGUUCUUCGGGUGCCAUCUGCUGCGGAUCAGGCAAGGCUGGUUUCCUUUCAGCCCAUACGGCGCCAGAAUCUUUUAGAUUUGGAUUCAGAUCCCCUUUAUCUUCACCUUGCAUGAAGUUGUACCCCUUUGGUUCUCAUCUGAAGUCUGGAAACCAGAGAGUGGCAUAUAAGAGUGGAAGAUACAAUUCAAUUAGAGCAUCAUUACCACCUUCCAGAUCUGGAGAUUCAACUGUCCCUAUUGCUCCACUUCAAUUUGAAUCUCCAGUUGGACAAUUUCUCUCUCAGGUUAUCAUAAAUCAUCCACAUCUUGUCCCUGCUGCAGUUGAUCAGCAACUUCAACAGCUUAUGAUUGCUCAGGAUGCACACAAGGAUGAACCAUCAGUGUCAGGAACUGAACUAGUUUUGUACAGGAGAAUUGCAGAGGUCAAGGCAAAGGAGAGGAGGAAAGCACUUGAAGAGAUACUGUACGCAAUGGUGGUGCAGAAAUUCAUGGAUGGUGGUGUACCGUUGAUUCCGGCCAUAAAUUUGCAAUCAUCACCAGAUUCUUCCCCUGCUUGGGUUGUUGAUGCGUGGCCUAGCAAAGAUGAGCAGCUUUUACACCUUCAUUCGCCCGAUGCUUAUGAGAUGAUUCAGAACCAUCUAGCUCUCAUCCUUGGGAACAAAUUGGGUGGUAAUAAUGCCUCUGCAAUUCAAAUAAAUAUAUUUAGAGUCGGUCAGGUUUACGCCGCAUCUGUUAUGUAUGGCUACUUCUUGAAGAGGGUUGUCCAGAGAUUUCAGUUGGAAAAGACUGUGAAGAUCCUUCCCCAGAGAGGCGUAGGCGGAAGAGAGGCAAGUGGCAAUCUGCAAGCUCCAGAGGAAGAAGUGCUCAGAUCUGGUAAUGAUGAAAACAAUGAUGAUGAUGAUGAUGAUGAUGAUGAUGACGAUGAUGUUUCAUUUAGCUCAACAGAAUCAUCAUCUCAUCCUGAAGUCGAUAAAGCAUUCUUUACAUCUGGAUUUAAUGCCUCGAGGUUGAGAUCAUACGUGAUGUCACUUGAUGGGGAGAUUCUCCAGGCAUACGCAAGCAUUAGGUCCAAAGAAGCCAUACGAAUAAUUGAGAAACACACUGAAGCACUGUUUGGUAGACCUGAGGUUGCUAUUACCCGUCAGGGAACCAUAGAAUUUUCUAAAGAAGAAAUGGUCAUGAUUAGGUUCAGUGGUCUGAAGAGGCUUAUUUUGGAGGCACUGACUUUUGGGUCUUUCCUUUGGGAUGUUGAGAGCUAUGUUGAUUUAAGGCACCAUUUUGUUACCCACCACUGAUAUAGAUAGAUCAUAUUUACGUCAUAUUACUUGACAGUGAUUACUGUUUUUAUUUGCGCACAUGCUUUUAUCACAUAGGUGAUUGGAUAUCGUGUCCUAUUUGUACAUAGAUUUAUCGCGUGUUUUGACCGUGUAAUAAUCAGAUACUGUGUUUGCUGGCCUUUGAAUCUUUGAUUGUCACGAAUGCAAAAUUACAUGGACGAAUAAUCUUGGAUUGGUUUUACUCCCAAACCAAAUCAUAUCAAACAUAAAUAACAGUAACAUGUAUAAACACUGGAUGUCUA